CACGGUCAGAGCAAUGGCGGAGGUCCAACUCACUCCUCUCCUCCUCAUCUUCCUGUUCCUCCUCCUUCUCGCUUUCUUCCUCAUCGGCACAGAGAGGAAGCUUUUCUCCAACUCCGGCGGCGCUCGCCUCCCACCCGGCCCGUCAAAGAUACCCGUCAUUGGCAACCUCCACCAACUUCGCGGCGGCCUCCCCCAUCGUGUCCUGCGCGAUCUCGCCGGCGUCCACGGCCCCCUCAUGUUCCUCCGCCUUGGCCAGGUCGACUUCGCCGUCGUAUCCUCUCGAGAUGCCGCCCUGCAGAUCACCAGGAGCCACGACCUCAACUUCGCACACCGCCCCCAGCUACUGGCCCCUUCCAUCGUCUUAUACGGCUGCUCCGACAUCGCCUUCUCCUCCUACGGCGACUACUGGCACCAGAUGCGUAGGAUCUGCGCCACCGAACUAUUCAGCGCCAAGCGCGUCAGGUCAUUCUCCGCCAUCCGCGCGGAAGAGGUCGCCAAGCUCCUUUGCGACGCUGCUGAGGCAGCAGCGGCCGGCCAGCCGAUGAACGUGAACAGCAAGCUCACGGCCCUCUCGAACAGCAUCGUCUCCCGCGCUUCCUUCGGCUUCAAAUGCCAUAACCAGCACGCGUUCGUCGAGACCAUGAAGGAGGUGCUGAUGCUCGCGUCAGGGUUUUGCGCUGCGGAUCUGUUCCCGUCGUUCAAGUUCGUGGGCUUGUUCUCCGGCGUCACCUCCAAGCUGAAGAAGCUUCACCGCAAAGUGGAUGAAAUUCUCGACGCGACCAUCAAAGAGCACCAAUCGAGCAAGAGCGAAGGGGACGAAGAGGAUCUCCUCGACGUUCUACUUCGUCUAAAAGACGACGGAGCCCUAGAAAUCCCAAUCACAUUCGACAACAUCAAAGCUGUGAUUUUGGACGUCUUCACGGGAGGGACGGAGACCUCGUCGACGGUUGUAGAAUGGACGAUAUCGGAGCUCAUCAGGAACCCUACCGUGAUGGCGAAGGCACAGGGGGAAGUGCGAGAAGCGAUGAUGCGAUGGAAAAACAGGGAUUUCGACGAGGAACUCCUCAGCGAGCUCCAAUACCUGAAGCUAGUGAUCAAGGAGAGCCUGAGGCUACACCCGCCGCUACCGCUGAUGCUGCCAAGGGUGGCGAAGGAGGCGUGCCAGGUGCUGGACUACGAGGUGCCGGCGGGCACGAGGGUGAUGAUCAACGCGUGGGCGCUAGGUAGGGACCCGCUCUACUGGGGCAGCGACGCCGAGCGGUUCCGGCCCGAGAGGUUCGAGGGCGGUGAGGUGGACUACAAAGGGAACCACCUGGAGUUCGUUCCGUUCGGCGCCGGGAGGAGAAUAUGCCCGGGUAUGGCAUUCGGAAUGGCGACGGUGGAACUCGUAUUGGCGCAGCUGCUGUUCCACUUCGACUGGAAAGUUCCAGGAGGAGGAGAAGUGAAUACGGCGGCGGAGGAACUGGACAUGCAAGAGGCAUUCGGGGCGAGCGUGGUGAGGAAGGAGAAGCUCCGCCUGGUCCCGGUGCUUCGAACCCCCGCCGCCCGCUGCUUAAUCGAUCGAAGGUUAAGAUCGCUAUUAUAUAAUAUAAAUAAAAUUAUUCUAGCGCAGGUGGUUACUGUCCCGUGUUCAUCUCAUGUGGUAAACCAUGAGGUUAUGUUCGGUCACGUCUAAUUUCGAUUUUAAAAUUUGAUGUGAUAAUAUUUUAUAUUUUAAUCA